ACAUAUUUUAUAGGUUAGGUAGAGGUCUGACAGAUGUUAUAAGGUGGUGAAAAAGUUCAUUAAAUAAAAAAAAAAACAAAUUUCAUUUUAUAGUCAAUUAAAAAAAUAUUUGUAUAUCCGCCACAAAUAGGUUCUAAUAGAUCCUACUAAUAUAAAAGUAAUCUAGUCCUUAUUCUUUAUAAGUAAUUAUGGAUUAUCAGGAAGAACAAAAAAAUGAAAUUGAAGCCCUAGAAUCCAUUUAUUAUGGAGAUUUUGAAAUUCUCGCAUUUGAACCUCUACAUAAAUUUUCGAUACCCAUAAAAACAGAAGAAUUUGAGCCUGAAACCGAAAAUGGUUUGAGUUGUGAUCUUGUAAUUACCUACACUCCAAAGUAUCCAGAAGAAGCACCAAUAAUAGAGCUAGAAAAUUUUGAAAACUUCGAUGAUGAAUACGAACAGUUACUUUUAGAUUAUCUUAAUGAACAAAUUGAGGAAAACUUAGGUAUGGUUAUGGUAUUUACUUUAGUUUCGAGUGCGCAGGAAUGGUUAAAUGUCAAAUGGGAGGAGAUUAAAAAAGAAAAGGAUGAACUGGUAGCAAGGCGACUAAAAGAGGAGGAAGAGGCAGAAUUAAAACGAUUUGAAGGAACUAAAGUAACAGUGGAGACAUUUAUGAAGUGGAAGAAGCUGUUUGAAGAUGAGUUAGGUAUUACUAAGAAGAGGGAGUUACUAGAAAAAGAAGGAAAGAAACUCACAGGACGAGAAUUAUUCAUGACUGACAACACUCUUAAUGAAUCAGAUCUCCAGUUCUUGGACGAAGGAGAUGCAGUGAAGGUGGAUGAAUCGUUGUUCCAAGACAUGGAUGACUUGGAUAUAGACGAGGAGGAUGAAGAUGAUGAGGACUUUGACCCUGAUAACUACCGUAGCGAUUCGUCUCAAUAAAUAAAUUAUUUUGUACUUUUAUCUGUUAAUAUUUUUUUAAUACAGUUAUGUUAUACAUAGAACAA